AUGAGCAACUAUUAUGAAAACUAUGAAGCAUGGGAGAAGUCGACCGGUACAUUUGGAAACACCAUUCCUCAUCAGGGCCUCGCUAUUGAAGAUGAUUUGCACAUGCUUUCUACCAGACAAAACAUUGGAAAUGUGGUCUAUAAGGAAGAAGAUGUACAUAAGAAGCCAAUCAGAUGCCUCAGAAGGUUCAUAUUUGAUUGGAUCAACUAUCUUGGAAACAAGCUGAAGCAGAAGAUGGAGACAAAACAGUCAGCAAUUGCCUUAUUUGACCGGAUUGUGGCCAAUACUGUCUCAUGUGUAAAAGUGAUACAAAAGGAGAAAUACCUUUGGGGGCAAACCUUAUUGCUCAUAUCAUCCAAAUUCUCAGAGCCAGAGCACAAUUGAAUAACAAUAAAAGCCUUCAUAAAAGUAUCAAGUCGAGCUAAUUUCCCCAGAAAAAUGAUAGUUAAUUGCGAAAGAGUCAUCUGCAAUAUACUAAAUUGGAAUUUGGUCACUGAACCCCCUGUAAUCUUUGUAGACCUAAUGAGAUACUUCAAAGGCACUGGCAACGAAAUUCCUGAGAAAGAUCUUGAAAAGUACAUCCAAGAAUGCUACAAAAUUACUAAUAAAAUCCUCUACCUCACUCAGGCUCAAACCAAGGAUUACAAGACUCAAGCAGUAGCAGCAGUAAUGCUGGCCAGGAAGAACUACGGACUGUACCCAAUCUAUGAAGAAGGUUGGGAAGAGCUCUUCCAGAUCUCUAAACGAGACAUAGAACAUGUCCUUGAACUCUACAGGAACCAUAAAUACUCCAUGCAGUACAGCAAGAAGCACUGAAAGAAAGGCAAACAGUCAGAUAAGAAUGCUAACAAAAGCAUCUUUGAGAGGCGUCUCUUCCAAAGAAGAGACGCUUCUUUUGGAAAUGCCCACUCUGAACUCACUCAUCGAUACAAAGAGAACAAGUCUAUCUUCAGAUUCUCCAGAGAAAGGAGCAAGAAUAGCAGACUAGAAAAAGACGAAGAGAGUUCAAUCUCCAGAAUUCAGAAAGAUCUUAAAGAAUCCCAAAUGAGGGUGGACACCUCCCUUGGGAGGAGCAUUGACUUAAAUACUGAUUAUGACAUCACGACGAAGAAUUCACGGAAGCAUAUUCCAUCUGGAAGGUUUCGGGCUACAAGAAGGUGAACAAUCACAAGCAGAAACCAGAAGAUUGAUAUGAUCACUAGCAGGUAAUAGUUAUCAAGACAAUCAGAAGUCAGACUCAGGACAAAGAUCGUAU